AACAUGCUCCCCGGGUCGAAGGAUUCUUCAAGAAAGUGGCAGCGGGCAGAUGUUGUUGAAAUCUCGCCGAAUUGUCCACUUCUUAGUUUUUAACUCGGCAACUCUUGCAACGCCGUCGGACCCCGGGUACGUCGGACCACGAGGUGGGACCGCCUUAUCCUUUACCAGGACGAGGCUGUCCACCUCGAUGUCUCCCGAUGUCGUCGACCAAUUAGUUUUUUGCUGCAGCCGAUAAAUAUACUCAGUGUGAAACCUUUUCUAAAAGUGCAGCUUUAUAUAUUCCACCCUUUGGAAUCGUUCGAGUCGACUGAUGUUUCCGCUGUCAGUCAUCUGUGGAUGCGAAGCGGACGUUAGUGAUCUUCCAAUUAGAAAGUGGGAAGGUGUUAGGGCACAAAAAUCAAGUGGAUCAGGAGAGCAGGGGUAAGUGGUCGGGAAUUGAGAAUCGCCUCUAUUUGGGUUAGACAAGUAGCCAUUUCUUCAUAUGUGAAGUGAGUAAGAGUAAGUAGUCUCUUUAAAUGAUGUUUCGUGCAGCGCACGGCGGCUUCAGCUACGCCAUUGAAAUGAGGAGAGUAGGCAUAAAGUUGAAUUCAAUUCCUUCUUGCGCGACGUCAUAUGAAAGGUUUGAGUUCUGAAAAAAAGCACGAAGUUGAUUAUCAGAACCGACAAAAGUUGUUCCGUUAUCAGACAAAAUGCAGCGAGGCGCGCUUGCCACGCGCUUGCCACGCGCUUGCCACGGCGCGCAAUGAACCUGUUUAAGGCGGCCAAGUAUGCUUCCUUGGUAAGGUCCGUAUCAGGCUCCGAGGUGACAGGUGGGACAAGGAAUUUUAUACUAAAAUUGUUUGCCUUAAAUUGACCUUCCCAGUUUUGAUGGCAGCUAUCAGUGUUGGUUGGAAUAUAGGGACACUUUUCUUUCAUUGAUACAUAAUAAUAACAGCAUGGACAAUAUAAGUAAAUUUCAUUACCUAAUUCUUACAUCUCCAAUCACAUUACCGGUGAGCCUGAUGCACCAGCUGAACAAAAACCAUAACAAUAGCUGAUGCAACAUACAUAAAUACACAAAAAGCAGUAAUUACUUAUUCCAAAAGGAUACGUGUUCCCUGCAUAAAUAUAGGAAUUUAUUAAAACCUUUUAUCCUCUGUGCCUCUUAUGGAUAUAUCAUGAUGUACGCGGACCAUAUGGUGCCUCUACAAAUUAUGCGACCAUAAAGCAUGAUUUAUUAAACGAGACGGAAUUUAAUGAUUUUUAUAGAGAAAAUUAUGUUUUUAUUCUAGAUAGGGGUUUUUGUGAUUGCAUGGAUAGUCUGCAUGAGAAAGGUUACAUAGGUCAUAUGCCUGAGACUAGAGAAGACGGCCAAUUACAGCUAACAACUCUUGAAGCCAACAGAUCACGCUGUGUUACUAUAAAAAGGUGGGUAGUAGAAGCUGUGAAUGGCCGUUUUAAAACGGUCAUCAAAACAUUCCGCUAUGAAUAUUUUAACCGCGGUUGUCGCCAUCUAUUGACAGAUUUUUAAAAAGCAGCUGCUCUUUUGAAGGCGUUUACUCCGCCAUUUGCAGAUAAUAUUCAAGGAGAGCAGUUUGUAACAAUUAUAUUUGAGCGCCUGUUUUUAGUAAAUACCAUUGCCGAGUUUUGGAAAACAAUUUAAAUAGGCGCGGAUCCUGGUUUGUACCCAUAGAUGCGACAACCUUGUCUUUUUCGCGGCUAUCCAUGGAGAAAUUAAAUUGUUUGUAUACCAAAUUCGACAGGCCCAUUCAUAUGUGGAUGAGCAUUUCCGAUUCAUGGAAUAUAUACUUUAGAGGUAUCCCGAGAGAGAGUAAAUGGUUUAUGGAUUUGCAGAAACAAACAUGAAUGGUCGGGACGCAAUUAAAAGUUAUCGUUGUCACUGCAUUGUUGGUUUACGAACAGUGGGAAGCUGCUCACAUGUCAUUUGUAUUAUUUGAAACCUCAGCUAUGCUCGGUAGAGGGUCUUACUCGACCUACCCCCUUUUAAGAUGAAGUUAUACUGAGAAUUAAUUGAUUAUGAUAAAAUAAAUGUAUUAACAAAAAAAAAAGUAUUGUUUUAUUUACCUUAAAACUAAUCAAAGUUCUAUCAGAACAGCCUUUAUCAUUAUCAAAUUGUUGCUGUCCGCUGCUGGACAUGGGUAGGUAUCUCCAAACGCAAGCUGCAGGUAUAAUGAGUAGGUACGAUCCUCAUCUCAAUCUACUUACACACUGGUAAGUAAAACACUAAAAGAUAUAACCUUAAAAAAGAAAACUAGUUAUAACUUUUACGUGCCAAGUUCUAAAAAUCUAAGAAUUUAAACUAAGCUUGUAUGUCAUAUUAACUAUUGAAACAAAAACUAUUCCAAAACCCGAUCAUUUUUAGCUGUACGAAACGCCCAUACAAACCUGCCGUUCACCUUUAAAUGGAGUGACAUUUAUAAACGCAAUUAAUUAUUUCUGCUCCACCUAUACCCCAGCUUGGUACUGAAUGGCAACGUUAACUAAAGAAUCUGCCACGGAAAGUUUUUACUGGUUAUAAUGAAGGCAAACGCCACGAAAGCUUUCUUCUGAGCACUCAGACUUAUGUACAAUUACGACCUGUAGACCUUGUCCUCGAGACAACCAAAACUAUGAGCGUUAGCGUUGUCCCGUCGAGGCAAAGAUUCCAACCCAUUGAAACUGUUAAACACUCUAAAAACACGCUUCUUAUACAGCCAGUAAGCCAGAGAAUAGGCCUGUUUCCACUAAGAAUAAAUCGGGUGGCUUAGACUUCCUAAUGAUUAAUCAUGAUAUGCAGUAAAUGAAAAAAUAUUAUUUUUAUUAAAAUAAUAUACGAUUAAUAAUAUUUUUGGAAAAUAAAAUCAGUAAAAUUAGGCAUUCAACCACGUGACUUCAAACACCAAUCAGAGAUGAGUGACGUCACGCCUCGCAAAACAAUGUUGUAGCUGUCACUUUCAAUAGAGUGUCAAUCAAUUGUCAUUUUCGUCCGAAGUGAUCAGUUUAUUUUAUGUGCUUUUCGUUUGUUUUCUUAGCAAUUUAUUGUUGUUAAUUAAGUUGAUUGAUAGAAAGUUUGUGUCAUACAUAAUGGAAUCAGGAUUUACCAAAGCAAACAGCAGUAAUUUGCCCAAAAUUGACGCCAUUAUGCUUGGAAAUUUUUUCGCAUUCAACGCCGACUUUUGCUCAUCGGAAUUCCGCAACGUUAAAACUUCUAUGUCAUCGCGAGCUUCAUAUGGAGAUGAUGCUAUAAGCUAUGUGCAGCUUCAGCGUGACGGCAAAGUGUGCAUUAUUAAGUGCAAAAUCUGUCCUGAGCACAAAGUUCUUGCGAAGCUGUAUAGAUGCACGCUAGUUGUUGAUGAAGAAGAGGAAAUUGUUCUAUCUGUGCAAUGUGAAGACUGUGUAGCUUCACAGGGUGGUUGUAAGCACGCAAUAGCUUUUCUAAUGUGGGUUCAUCGCCGAAGUGAGGAACCCUCAUGUACUUCAGUUGAAUGUUACUGGAAGAAAUCCAAACUAUCAAGAGUUGGUAGUAGUCUUAAAUAUAUGACGGCAAAAGAUUUAUCCAAGGGCAACCCUCUUUUACAACCAAAUUCGUCCGUUGUGCAGAAGUUUUUAGAAGAAGGAAAGAGGAGGAAAAUUCAGGAUUGUGAACUUCUUAAGUAUCAACCCACACAUAGUGUAUGUGAAAUAGAAGCUGUCUCAAUGCAUCAACUUGUGUGUAAGUUUAAAGAGAAGUGUGUUGAAGAAUUCUUAAAAAAAGUUGAAAUAUCUGCAUCUGUAAUAAAAAAAGUAGAAGAGGAAACAAGGGAGCAAUCCAAAAGCCGACUUUGGUAUGAGCUGCGGUAUGGACGAAUAACCGCAUCUAGAGGUUUUGAGGUUAGCCGCUGUAAAACAAAUGAUGGCACACUUGUAGCUCUCAUAUUAGGUGCAAAAAUACCAGACACUACAUCAAUGAAACGUGGUCGUAUGCUAGAAGAUGAAGUAAGAAAAUCUGUGGAGAAAAAACUUAAUAAAAAGAUAAAUAAGUGUGGACUGGUAUUGAACUCAACCUAUCCUAUGAUUGCUGGUUCACCAGAUGGUAUAUUUGAAGAUGGCAUAAUAGAAAUUAAAUGUCCCAAUACUAUAAAAACAUAUAAAACUUAUAUUAAAAAUGGUGAACCCACAGAAAAAUAUAAUACUCAAAUGCAAUUACAAAUGUUUCUAACAGGAAAGAAAAACUGCUUCUUCUGUGUAGCUGAUCCGGGUUAUUGCAAAAAUAAAAAAGUUGAGAUAUUAAGUGUACAAUAUGAUCCUAUAUAUAUAGAAAAUUUAAUCAAAGUUAAGUUGUUGGAGUUUUGGAAGAUUAAUAUUUAUCCUUUAUUAUUUAAUAGUAUUACUAGUAGUGUAUAA